AUGCGGGACGCCGCCCUUGGCAAGUUCAAGUCUGUAGCCUUCUGCAGCCUAAUCUCCGAGGUCGCAACACUUACCGUCAGGAGCCACUUGUGCAGCUACGGCAACAAGUCACUUGAGAAUGAGAAUGUUGACAGCGUGGAGACGACAAGCCUUUCGGUGAGCCCCUCCGAUGUGGCCCGCGGGGCCGUGGAUGCCCGUGACAUCUACGUUACUCAGGCUUUGUGGGCUUGCCAGCAAGAUGCAGAUGGGGAGUUGAAGCAAAGGGCUUCGAGGCGCUUAGUUGGCAUCAUGAAAGACCAGACGGCGGAUGAGGCUCUGUUCGUCGGCAUGGCUGCACCGGCCUGCGCGGACGUGUACCCGAUGCACCUGAUCCAAUGCCAGAAUAAGCUUCUGAGUGAGUGCGUGGAGAUGACCCAGACGGACUGCCAAAGCGAUUUGGCACAUGCGGUGCACGAGCAGUGCCCGGCUUCUGCGCACCACCACUGUGCCGGGGGAUGGGACAGCUUUAACAUGAAGCUUGCCAGGGUACUCCGGAAUCUCAGUGAGAGCCAAAGACUCCUUGGAAAGUCGACAACACAGCUCGAGGACCUUGGCCACAAGCGUUGUGCGGAUGUCUGCUACAUGGAUGCCUGCGAGGUCGGCUCCAAGUGCCCAGGCCUCUUGUCAGAUUGCAAGUCCCUCGCCGUGACAGCUCGAACGUGGACGAGUCUCCUAAAGCAGCCGUACUUGCAGGACCGUGCGCUUCUGUGCUAUCAGCCAGCAGCCUUCAGUCAGUGGCUACAACAGGUGAGUCUUGGGGUUUAUCCGAUGAGGGACGCCGCUUGGGCAGCCGACCACUGUAGUGUUAAUACCACCUGA